AUGGAGUCCCUUACGGACCCCAAGCAGGACCCAGGCCAAUUCUUCCAACUCGAGGGUUCAGCUAUUACCCCAGGAAUGCUGGUCGACCAUCAAUUUCUUGCAGCUAUUCACAUUAUGGGUCCCUAUCACAGCCACCGAAUUGUUAUCAAGGACUUUGGCGGCCAAAACCGGCCGCAUGCCGACGUCAGCAACAUCAACGAAGUCGGAGAGGAAGGGAGGGGGCGGAAGAAGGCAAGAACGAAAAGAUCGCCGUCGGGUGCUGUCGGCAAAGGGAAUCCGCUGAAUCGUACAAAGCGACGCUCGCCUCGGAAAGUCGGGGAGCAAGCUCCCGAGGACCAUAGGGAGAGGCUUUUUGCGUGCCCGUUUCACCAAAACAGCCUGCGACACACAGCACGGGCAGGGAGUGGAGAGGAACACAUCCAGCGGAAGCACUAUUUCGAGGGACAAAGGUGUGCUCGUUGCCUCGACGAGUUCCCGGACCUGACAGACCUCAACCGGCGCAUGCAGGCCGACCCACCCUGUACGAAGCGGGAGCGCGACGACGCUUGUAUCUGGAAGAUCGACGACGCCCAAAUGAGCAUGAUCCAGAAGCGGCUCCGCAGCGUCUCGGACGAGCAGAAGUGGGACGAGAUCUACCGAAUCAUCUUCAGGCCCGAUCCCACCGCCGACAUCCCGUCACCGUGUAAGUCUCUCCACUCCCCCUCCCCCCUAGCUAGAAUACGAACUGACAAGAUAUCUUCCCUCUCUCUCCCCACAAUUUACGGCCCCUCUCUGGCUGCGUUCAUGGCCUUCCUCGGACGCUUGUCCUCUGCGAGCGACACCAGCCGCGAGACCCAGAAGGAUAUCAAGGCCGUCUUCGGGCUUGCAGAGAGGUUUCGGUUGGAGCUGGCGGCGGCGAGUCCGUCGAGUUCGAGCUCCGCGGAGACGAGGCCUGAGGACGCUGGGUCGCUAUUAUGA